CCCGCGGACUGUGUCCUCUCCUCAGUGCUGGAACCGUCGACGGUUGGAACGGACUUCCUAUAGUUCUUUUUCUUUCUUUCUGUACAUUUUGGGAGAGUUUAUUUCAUCUCAUCAAUCACGAUGCUGAGCACAGUCAGUCGGCAACUCAGAAGCCACCCUGCCUUGAUCCCACUGUUUAUUUUCAUUGGCGGGGGAUGCACCAUGUCUAUGACAUAUCUGGCUCGCCUGGCCUUGCGUAACCCAGAUGUUUGCUGGGACAAAAAGAACAACCCAGAGCCCUGGAAUAAACUGGGGCCCAAUGAUCAGUACAAGUUCUAUGCAGUGAACAUGGACUACAGCAAGCUGAAGAAGGACCGUCCUGACUUCUAAACAAAUCCAGACGGACCAAAGGUUUAAAGAUGAACUAAAGAACAAGAAGAUGUCCGCACACUUCUCCUCAACAGCCCUUGUUCCUAAUUUAUGCAAAGAGACUAAAUUGCACAAUCUUGUUUUUGUUUUCCUGGAUACCUUUUUAACAUUAUUGAUGUCUCUUGUAUUUUCUCUCAAAAAUGAUUAGUAAAGGGUUUUCUCCCACAUACAGUGAAUAACCA